UCCUAAAAUCCUGGACAAGCUAGCACCAGCAUUCACCAUGAACAGCUGCAGCUUUCUAGUGGAAAAAUCGCGAGCCUCUACGGCCCGGGUAGUGGUGUGGAGAGAGAUGGGGAUUUCCAGAAGCUACACCAUGGAGAGCAGCUAUUGUGGCUGCAAUCAGGGCCCCUAUCAGGGUCUACAGUUUGGUACCAGUGAACUGGAAGAAAUGGGAGCCAUGUUCUGCUUGGGUCUCCUCAUCUUGGAACUCAAAUCUGCAAACUGUAAUCAUAAGCUUUUGGCUCGAGCUACAACUCUGCUGAAUGCAGAUGUUCUGGACCACUGCCUCCAGCGGUAA